UGAAGAAAAUGAAAAGCCAAUAAUAGAAGAUCAAAAUAAUGUUAUCUCUCCUUUGUGUGCGGUACAAGAAACUUCGGAAAAUGAGAUAGUUGUAUUUUUCACACAACAAAAAAUGUCUUCUCACCUUUCACAGAUCAUGAAAUCAACCUGUAACGAUAAUGACGAAGAAUCAUCAUCGUCUCCUCCUAAUCAGGAACUAGAAGACACAGAAACGAUUCCCCCGAUAAUUGUAAAUAAGUGGUUUAUUGAGGACUACAAUGUUUCGGACGGAUUUCGCAAAUAUCAAAUUAGUAAUAUUGACAAACUAGUAGCUGGCGAAACUUUUAACUUUGCAUCAAGCAAUAUAGAUGAUGAACGAAAAUGGCGUAUUUCUAUACGUCAGCCAAGGCAACAAACUCCACCCAGUUUCCUCGGAGAAAUAAUGGACGAAUAUGAAGCGGAGAUAAAUGAUAUAGAUGAGCUUCGUUCCAAGUUCUAUGAUAUGUGGGGGAAAUAUCGUGACAAAGUCAUUUAUUCGGAUAAUGAGAGGCGUUUGUUUGAAGCUAUCCAAGCAGUUGCACACAUUACAAUAUAUCGAGUUAUGAAAAAAGACGAAAAGGAAGAAACAUGUAAAGUUGAACGUGAAGAAACGUGCUUCGUAGAAGCCAAACAUUUAUCAGUCACGAGAAAUAGCAAAAUUGGAGGCUACAAUCUUUAUAAA